AUGCUUGUAAAGGAGUAUAGAAUUAUACUUCCAAUGACGGUAGAAGAAUAUAAAAUAGCACAAUUAUAUAUGAUACAGAAAAAAUCAAGAAAUGAAAGUAAAGGUGCUGGUGCUGGUGUUGAAAUUAUUGAAAAUAAACCUUAUAAUAAUGGUUAUGGAGGAAAUGGUCAAUAUACAUAUAAAAUUUAUCAUGUUGAAUCAAAAAUACCAUCAUGGAUAAGGGCUAUUCUACCAAUACCAAAAUUUCCUGCUAUUGAAGAAGCAUGGAAUGCAUAUCCUUAUACAAAAACUAAAUAUACAUGUCCUUUUGUUGAUAAAUUAUCUAUUGAAGUGGAAACACAAUUUCAUAAUGAUGCUGGUAUGCAAGAUAAUGUUUUUAAUUUAUCUAAAGAAGAUUUAAAAAAUAGAAUAGUUGAUGUUAUAGAUUUUGUCAAUGAUACUGUUAAUGCUCAUGACUAUUUAGUUGAAGAGGAUCCAACUAUUUAUAAAAGUCAAAAAACAGGACGAGGUCCAUUGUCAAAAACAUGGAUUAAAGAUUCUAUACAAAAUGGUCUUCCAAUAAUGUGUGCUUAUAAAUUAUGUAAAGUUGAAUUUAAAUAUUGGGGUAUGCAAACAAGAGUAGAAAAAUGGAUUCAUGAUCUUGCAUUACGUAAUACAAUGAAUCUUGCACAUAGACAAGCCUGGGCCUGGCAAGAUGAAUGGGUUGGUUUAACUAUGGAAGAUAUUAGAAGAUUAGAAGAAGAGACUAAAGUUCAUCUUUGUAAAGUUAUGUGUGAUGCAAAUAAAGAGGAUGAGAAAAAACAAAAAGAUGAAAAUACUUAUUGGGAAACAACUUCAACUUCUGAUGUUUUUUAUGAUUGCCCAGAUCAUUUUUCUAUUCAUUCAAUUGAAGGACAAAAACAAAAUUUAGUUCGUUGGAACAGUGAAUUGAUGGUUGCAGAGGAUGAACAAUCAAGAUCAUAUAAUAAUUCUAAUGAAAGUACAUCACAUCAAAGUGAUUCAUUUAAAAAUUCAUUCUCAGAAUAUGAUUCAAAUCUUCUUAUUUUAAUAUUUCAUUCAACACCUGUAAAUGAUGCUUUUACUGAAUUAAAAGCAUCUGACUCAGAUACAUUUAAAUCAGUCAUAGAUCAUUUAAUUUUACAACAUUAUCCAAAAUUAAAAAAAAAAGUUAUUGUUAAACAGGUUAAAUGUGGUGGUCCUCUAACACCAUUAAUGAAAAAAAUUUCUCGAUUAUCACCACAUUUUGGUUCAUUUCAUCCAUCAACAGCACUUUUAAUGGUUAGUUAUGGUCUUGAAUGUUACUAUGAAGCUAUGAAAGAGGCUGUCUCUUAUGCUAAUUCAAUUUAUAAAGAAGUAUUAAAUGAAAUUGGUGAAACAUCAUUUAAUGGUGAUAUUUUUGUUGUUGGUGAUUGUAUUACAGGAAUAAUAUUAUAUGGUAUUUUAGCAGAAGAAUUUAAAUUUAACCGUCAAGAUUCUAUAUGUACAAAUAAAACACAUAAUUCAAAAUAUUCAGGUCAAAAAAUUUCUUUUCGUAGUAAUAAUUUAGAUAUUGAUCAAGAAUCACUUUUUUCAACAUGGGAAUCAGAUUGUUCCUCUGAAUUGAUGAUUAAACCAGAAUUUGAUUUUCAUAUACAUUCAGCCUUCCUACUUGGAUGUCCUUUAGGUUUAAUAUUAAUGCAAAAGUCAGAUGAAGAUAAUUAUAUGGGAAAAUUAAAUUGUAAUCAAUUGUAUAAUCUUUAUUAUCCAUUAGAUCCAUGUGCUGUUAGAAUUGAACCAGUACUUAAUAGUCAAUUAUCAUUAUUACCACCAGUUAAUUUACCUAGAUAUCAAAAAUUUCCAUUUGGUGAUGGUAAACAUAUUGAAUUUGAUACAACAACAGUUGAAUGUUCAUUACUUUGGGGUGAUUAUAGAAUUGAUCAUCAAUUAUAUUGUCCAUUAGAAAUGAGUUCAUUACCAUCAUCAUCAUUACCUAAUAUAUUACAAGCAUCAUAUUGGGAAAGUAAAGAUAUUGGAGCAUUUAUUUUAAGACAAUUUGCUAUAUCUAAUGAUAUACCAUUAACAGCAAUGAGAAAUAAUAUUAUUCAUCAAUCAACAACAACAACAUCAUUAAAAUUACCUAAACAACAAUGGACAAGAAAAAGGACAAAAUUUAAGGUUGCUAAUUUAAUUGCUAAUCAUAGAGGUAAUGAUGUUGUAUGUAUUGAAGGAAAAGAUCAAUGUGUUUCGGCAAAAUUUUCAUAUGGUCCUAUGGAUUUAGUUAUUUUAUCUAGAGAAAUGAUAUCAAUAUAUUAUUGUACAGAGGGUGGUGAAUGGUCUCAUUAUGGUAAUUUAUUAACAGAUAAUCAUGGAAAAAUAAUGUUUAGUUUUAAUGGUAGUGAAAAACUUCCUAUUGGUAGACAUCAAAUAAAAAUGAUUGUUAUUGGUGAUUAUACUUACCUUGAUUUAUAUUUAAUUGUUGCUAGAAAUGGAUCUCCAUGUGUUAUAUUUUCAAUAGAUGGUUCAUUAACAUCAUCUGUUUCAGUUACAGGACGUGAUCCACGUGUUCGUCCAGGUGCUGUUGAUGUAGUUAGAUAUUGGCAAAGAUUAAAUUAUUUAAUUAUAUAUAUAACUGCAAGACCUGAUAUGCAACAAAGAGUUGUUUCAAGUUGGAUGUCAAAACAUAACUUUCCACAUGGUUUAAUUUUUUUUAAUCAUUCAAUUUCAACAGAUCCAUUACGCCAAAAAUCACUUCAAAUAUUAAAUCUUAUUGAUAUAGGAUUAACUGUCCAUGCUGCAUAUGGGAGUGGAAAAGAUGUUGCAGUAUAUGGUAAUGCAGGUUGUAAUAAUAUUGAAAAUGGUUAUCAUGAACAUUUAAAAGAUUUAGAAAUGGAAAGAAUAAAUAUUGCAAAACCGUUAUUUGAAAAAAGAGUCCUUGAAGAUCACGAAGGGGUUGUCCUUGAAAGUAUAACUCGAGAUUUCACUCACACAUAUUCAACAUUCUCACGUAGAAGUGGUAAAUUUUGA